UCAUGCUUGGGAUGUUUACUAUGCUUAGACUGCGGUUCCUGCUCGGAGUCAUGGCAGCUGCUACUUCCAUGCCUGGCAAGCGGCCAGAGCUCACCCCAAGACUGAGUGCCAAAGUGUUCGGGGAGUGCUACUGGGAGGUCAAGGAGUUGGCUGCGUUCUGCCGGUCUCAGGGUCUGCCCGCCAGCGGGCUGAAGGCUGACCUUACCAAGCGGGUGAAGGACUUCCUGGGCGGCAAGUGCCCUGAAAGGGUCUCAAAGGUUACGAAGGCCGACCGCGACAGCGUUGUGGCCGGCGGCCUGAAGCUGAGCACCCCAGUGCAGAAUUACAACAACGAUGCGGCCACCCGCAGCUUCUUCCAGAAGCACUGCGGCCAGGACUUCCGCUUCAACGAGUAUCUUCGCAGCUUUGCAAAGGGAACGCAAGAGGGCCUGACGUACAGAGAUCUGGUGGAGGGCUGGAAGGAUGCUGAGCAGAAGCGACGAGAAGGCAAGCAAGAGAUCGGGAAGCAGUUUGAAUACAACCAAUUCACGCGGGACUUCUUUGCCGCCAACCCCGGAGCUUCUCGUGCUGACAUGAUGGAGGCCUGGAGAACCGUCCGCAGUUAUCAGGGGCCAAACACCUACAAGGAGUUCCGCAAGUUGUCCAAGUGAAAUGCCCAGGCCCGUUGUUCCCACUGUUUCCGAGUGGCUCGCGCGAGGUAUGUGAACGUGUUACAUGUGUUGUUGCGCGUGAUGAACUAGUAAAUCAUACGUGAAGCGGCAAUGUUUUUCCUCAGGCAUUUUCUGUAUAUCGCGUCGGCAAGGCUGACACAGUAGAGACAGGUUGCGGAUGAGCACAUGAACGGCCUGGCAAACGGGUUGACGUGC